AUGGCGGAGCAGCUUGUCGCGGAGGACGACGAGGAGUACCCCGUCUUCUUCUAUGGCGGCAAGGAGGGCGAGUAUGCCGAAUUCAGCCAGUUUGCGCGCGCAACCUUUACGGUACCGCACGCGCGAAUUGCUGCGGUGCUGGGCCGGCCGGUGGCCAAGGUGGCCGCGAUUGCUGGUCCGGACGCAGCCACUGAGAUCACCUUCUCGGCGGCAGAGCAGUUUAUGAUGUACUGCAAGGCGGUCUGCUUUGGCGACGCGGCAGUGGCGUGGCAGAUCCUGGCGGCAGCGACGCCGCGCGAGCAGAAGAAGCUGGGCCGACAGGUGCACGGGUUCACGGACGAGGCCUGGGAUGAGGUCAAGCUGGCGGUGGUGGCGGCCGGCAACGCGGCCAAGUUUGGCCAGAGCCCGAAGCGGCGGCGGCUGCUGCUGGGCACGGGUACGCGGCUGCUGGCGGAAGCUGCGCCGCGGGACCGCAUCUGGGGCAUCGGCUUUGGGGCGACGAACGCGAUGUUGAACCGGGACCUUUGGGGACAGAACCUCCUGGGCAAGGCGCUGAUGAUGGCGCGAGACGAGCUGCGCCAGGAGGAGGCUGUGGAGGGGUAG